CUCUAAUUCCCAUCAGAAUCUCUCUCCUGCCAUUUCCACUGAUCCCCUCAUACAAACAAGAAAAAGCAUUCCCUCAAUUGUAUGGGUGAAAAAUCCCACCUCUAUCUUCAUAAAUCUUCUCCCACUCCCAUCUUUCAAUCAUAUAGCAUAACCCCACAUUACCCAUCAUCGUCUUCGUCCUGUUGGCAACCAAUGCAGCUUUUAUUUCAUUAGAGAAAGAUCUAAACACCACCCAUAACUGACAACCCCAUAUUCUUUCCAAAUGGAUCUCAUUUUGUCAUGCAAUCGUUGUGUGUACAUCUGCCUCAUAGUUUUGAUCUCGUUUUGUAGAGGUUUAUCAGGGGCUACAUUUACGAUAAUAAAUAGGUGUGACUAUACAAUAUGGCCUGGAAUUCUUGCCAAUGCCGGUAGUGCCAGAUUGGACAGUACCGGGUUCGAGCUCGCGCCGGGCGGGUCUCGGUCGUUUCAGGCCCCACCCAACUGGUCCGGGAGAUUCUGGGGUCGCUCCGGUUGUAUAUUCGACCAGAACACCGACCAAGGAAGUUGCGUCACCGGAGACUGUGGGUCUAACCAGGUCGAGUGCAACGGUAACGGAGCGAACCCGCCAGCGACUCUCGCGGAGUUCACAAUCGCGCCGGGUAGUGCCCAGGAUUUCUACGAUGUGAGCCUUGUCGAUGGGUACAAUUUACCCAUGGUUGUGGACACGAGUGGCGGGUCGGGUGCAUGCAUGUCAACCGGGUGCGCGACCGACUUGAACCGGCAGUGCCCGAAUGAGUUACGGGUCGGGGACGGUGCGGCGUGCAAGAGCGCGUGUGAGGCCUUUGGGAGCCCCGAGUACUGCUGCAAUGGGGCUUACGGUACACCGGACACUUGUAAGCCGUCAAUUUACUCGGAGAUGUUCAAAGCAGCGUGUCCGAGAUCGUAUAGCUAUGCGUACGAUGAUGCCACGAGUACGUUUACGUGUACAGGAGCAGAUUAUACCAUUACAUUCUGCCCUUCAUCGGCAAGCCAAAAAUCUGCAAGAGAUGCAUCUCCAACAACAAACACAACAAACAGCUCCGGAACAGAGUCACAACCACAACAGGUGCCAAUUCCAAAUGAGGUCAACGGUCCUUGGGUACAAAACUUUUUCACGGGAGACUCAUCAAAGACCCUUUCUUCUUUCACUUGGAUCAUUGCUUCUGUGGCUUCGAUUCUCAGCCUUUUCUUGAUUUAGGGCUUGUUGGGACUGUGUUAACGAGCUUAAAAAAUAUUUUUAGUAUAUAAAAAGUUGUACAAAACAAAAAUGAGCUCGUUUGGUAAAAAAUGUCAAAAAAAAAUACUUUUGAAAAAAAAGAAGCUUUAAAAUUAUGUUUUUUUUUUUUUUUUUUUAAUCAAAAGUUCUCCAUUUCUUCUAAAGAGGCUUUAAUUCUCUCUUCGGCGACCUGGGGUGGGUGUUGAAAAGCCCAAUUUUCGAGGCAACAUGUAUAGAUAUUUGGAGCUUGAACAUAUAUAUAUAGCUUAAUUGUUUCCCUCAUACUUUGUGAAGGAUUUGUAGUUUAUACGACAAGUUAGAAAGA